AUGGGGGGAAGUAUGCUGGAAGACUGGGUGUUAAGGCAGCUGGAAGAUCUUGCUGAUAAUGCACCUUACGCGAAUGGCCGCGUGCAGAUAGGACUAGCAUUCGAUGGCUUCUUCCUCCCGAAGGAGACGGUGAUCGAUCUCUUUGAGCGUGCGCGGAAGGCCGGUGUGAAGGCAAUCACAUCGCAUUAUGUACCUGGGAGCUUAUUUGGGCACUACUCAGUUGUAGACACUCUAGACAGCUACGGCCUUCUAGCCUCGGACAUCGUCAUCUCCCAUGCCACAAAUCCCAAGCCGUCGGACAUUGGUAAAUUGGCCAAGGCAAAAGCCUGGAUCUCUUCAACCCCGGAUACCGAACUGCAGAUGGGGCACGGGUACCCGAUCUGUUUUGACGAGGGCUGCUCCGGCAUCAGCUCGCUAGGCGUCGACUGCCACAGCAACAAUUGCGGCUCUCUCGUCUCUCAGAUGCAUCUCGCGCUGCAGCGUCGGCAGGGCUGA